AUUCGUCGCUUGAAUAAUCUGUACUUCAAGGCGAUCGUGAUGGAACCUCUCGUGGAAAACCUCAAGAAACAAGUCACAUGUUCAAUUUGUCUCGAUACUUACACAGACCCCAAAAUAUUAUCGUGCUUCCACACUUUUUGUUGCAAGUGUUUGGAGAAACAUGCAACAAAAACCCACAGACAAGGCAAAUUCAGAUGCCCCGAGUGUCAGGCGGAAAUCAAUCUACCAGAAGGUAAUCGCUUCGACCGUUUACCCACCAGCUUUCACCAAAAUAGUUUGGUAGGUCUUCUUGAAACGGAAGAUCGCGAGGCAAUGCUGAGGCCGCCAUUUUGCUCGCAACACCAGAAUGAAAGACUACGAUAUUUCUGCUCUUCCUGUGAAGCGUGUAUUUGUCCUGUUUGCUUCGCCGAAGAUCACCGAGGCCAUGAGUUCGACGUUAUUGAAAAGGCAGUGCAGGAGGAUAAGAAAUACAUCAUGUUGAACGUCGACACCAUCAAGGAAAAGGCAAACUUGUUUCGAGAAGAGAUAGGAAAACUUGAGAAAACCUCUGAGGAUGUGGAAAUGAUUAUCGCAAUCGCUAAACAGGACGUGUCUGAGGCAGCUCAACACGUGAUCACAAAGACGCGACAGCAAGAAAAACAGCUCUUAGAGUCCUUAGAAAUGACGCGUAGAAAGAGAAUAGAGCAAAUUAACUCGGCUAAACAAGAACUGGAAUCGCUGGUAAAACAAAUACACCAAGCGGCUCAGUUUGCGGAAAAUCUCGUGCAGAGAGGCCCAGGCUGGGAUAUUAUAAAGACCAGGACAACUUUGAAGCACAAAUUUCAAGAGCUUCGUGGAGUUGAGAUUUCAAGGCAUCAUCCAACAACAUUUGUCAAAUUUACCGCGGCAUCUCAACAAGACUUGAAACUGGGUUUUAUUCAACUCACCGAGAAACCGGCAAAAGCAGCUACAUCAACUGUAGAAGGACUGGAUCAAACUUUCCAGGCUGGUGUAGAAGCAGAGUUUACGUUAUGUCCAAAAACAGCAGAAGGAGAGAUUUGUAACCAGGCCGAUCUUAAAGAGCAAGUUGAAUUGUGGAUAAAACCCACCAAAGAUGUUACAAACGUAUGUGUUGAAGAAAGAGGAGACGGCAAUCUUAAGCUGAAAUUUACACCUAUAGUGCCUGGCCCCUACAGCGUUGAGGUGAAGAUUAAUGGCGAAAAGCUUUCCACCUCUCCGUUCACGUUGGCAGUGAAACAACGUCAACUUGUCGUGGUCGGUGAAUUGGACUUGAAGUUCAACAAAGGGCAGGGGUUCAAGGGACCCACUGGAAUCGCUGUAAACAGGCAAGGCGAUAUAGUUGUUGUAGAUAAUCUAAGAGACUGUGUUUUUGUAUUCAAUAAAGAUGGGAACUGUUUAAAACAAAUUGGAAAAGAAGGAGCAGAUCCUGGACAAUUCAACUAUCCAGCUGGAGUGUCAUUUUUAAACAACAACGAAAUUCUUAUUGCAGAUCAAUCAAAUAACAGAAUUCAACAUAUAAAUAUCCAGACAGGAUCUGUUGUAAAAUCCUUUGGAAAAAAAGGUGACAGAAAAGGACACUUUCAUAAUCCACUUAGUAUUUGCCUUGCCGAUACAGAACGUAUUGUUGUCAGUGAAUUCUCUAACAAUAGAGUUCAAGUAAUGUCAAAAGAGGGCGAAGCUCUAUUCACAAUAGGAGACAGUGGUCCAGAGAAACUCAGCAGACCAUACAGCUGCGUCCCUUACAAAAACAUUUUCCUGGUAACUGAAAGAGACAAUCACGUCAUAAAAGCAUUUGAUGCGUCAAACACUUUCCUGUACAAGUUUGGCGAAAAAGGGAAUCAAGACGGACAGUUCAACUCACCCUGUGGCAUGUGUUUAGACGGCCCUAAUAACCUUCUUGUUUGUGACUAUUUCAAUAACAGAGUUCAGCAGUUUUCUUUGGACGGUCGCUUUACAGGCAAAACUACCGUUCCUUUACAAGGUCCACUUCGAGUUGUAACAGCGCCAGAUGGGCGUAUACUAGUCACAAGCCUUGUAGCUAAGAAAAUAUACAUUCUGAGGUAAAUGUGUUACAAUUCUAUGAAUCAUUCAAAUGCUGUAUGCCAGCGAAAACUUAAGUCGAAUCAUUCAAUUUUUUUGAGCAAAAUUUCUUCACAAGCAGCAGAAACACUCAACGGUGUCAAUGCAUCGUUAGCCCUCAAAUACAGAAGCCAGGGGGAAGGGGGUUAGCGCAAAAUUGACUAACACCCCAACAGCAGUCAGAUACAUAGGAAAAUUAUAUUCAGAAAAGGAAACUUAAACGAGUCUAGGAUAUAUUUAACUUUUCUUCAUGUGGUGUGCCUUUUACUUCAUUCUUUCGAAUAAGAAGACCAGAUAUUUCAGGAAGACACAGCCCUCAUCAGGGCAAAGAACUAUCAUAUGGUCUAAUGUAAUCUGGACAAAACUUCACUGAA